CCGGGCGGUUAGGGGACCUGAGCGGGGCGCCUCGGCCCGACGCGCUGCCGCUGCCGCUUGCCGAGUUCCUGGCCCGGCCGGGAUCUCCUCCGAGGGCCAAACAUGGACUUCAGGGAAAUUCUCCUGAUGGCUUCCAAAGGACAGGGUGUCAACAACGUCCCCAAAAGGUAUAGCUUGGCAGUGGGGCCUCCAAAGAAAGACCCGAAAGUCAAAGGUGUUCCAUCAGCAGCCGUACAAGCUUUUCUUAGGAGGAAAGAAGAAGAGCUUCGACGAAAAGCCUUAGAAGAGAAAAGGAGAAAAGAAGAACUAGUGAAAAAGCGAAUUGAACUCAAACAUGACAAGAAAGCAAGAGCAAUGGCCAAGAGGACAAAGGACAAUUUCCACGGUUACAAUGGGAUCCCUGUUGAGGAAAAGUCAAAGAAGAGGCAGGCGGUGGAAAGCCGCCUGAGCCAGGGGAGAGACCAGGAGUGUGAGGUGGAAGACGAGGACGAGUUCCUAGAGUGUGGUCAGGCAGAGUUGGAGCAGGAGUACGAGGAAGAGCAGGAGCCACCCAAAGUUGAAAGCAAACCAAAGGUCCCCCUUAGAAGUGCCCCACCACCCAUGAACUUCACUGACUUGCUGAGACUGGCCGAGAAAAAGCAGUUUGAGCCAGUGGAGAUCAAGGUGGUGAAAAAAUCAGAAGAGCGGCCUAUGACUGCAGAAGAACUGAGGGAGAGGGAGUUUCUUGAGCGGAAGCAUAGCAAGAAGAAACCCGAGACAGAUGCGAAACUGCCUCCAGCUGUGUCCAAAAAGGCACCUUCCCAGAAAGAAAGUGUGAGCACAAAACUUAGCAAAGGGCCUGGGGACAAGCACCUUUCUUCCAAGGCUGUGCCCUUCUCUCAUGCUGACAAGAAACCCAGAGGCAGCACAGCCAAUGAGAAGCGCUCAGCUUUGACCUCAUCCAGACCGUUGCCAGGAGAGAAGGUCAGGGCAGCCUCUGGGAGUGGCUUCCAGCCCAGGCUUCUAGAGGGCCGUGACAGAGCCACUUUCAAUGGGGCCACAAAGCCCCACUCCACCACCUGCUCACCCAGUGUCCCAAAGACUUCUGCUGGUGGGACUCAGAAAUUUGCUACUGAGCGUAAAGCCAAAAAACCUCUUUCUUCCCAUCCUAGCCAUUCCAAGCCUGAGCCUGUGGUUACAUCACACAGUAAGGUCAAGAAUCCAGGUAUCAGGCAGCCAGGCAGCAACUCCAGCUCAAUCCCUGGGCGGCUCAGCACGGGGACAGCUCGGCCCACAGUUAGUUCUGGCCCUGUGCCCAAAUGCCAAAACAGUUCCAGCUCAGGACCUGAGCGAUCAGUCAGUGGGAUCAGAAAGCCAGCCAGUGACUCUCAUCUCUCUCGAAGGACAGUCAGUGGUACAAAUGGCCCAGGUCGGCUUGCAAGCGGUUCAAGUGGUCCUGGGCGGCCUGUCAGUGGUCCAAGUGGUUCUGGGAGGCUUGUGGGUAGCUCUGGGGGACCUGGACGACCUGUAAGCAGUCCACGUGAUCUUCAGCGACCAAUGAGUGGCUCAGGCCUUGGUCAUUCAGUCAGUGGACAUGGGAGAUCCAUAAGUGGCUCAAUUCCUGCUGGGCGAACUGCUGCCUCAGGCCCUGGAAGACCAGUGAGCAGCUUGGGACCUGGGCGAGCAGUUAGUAGCCCAGGUCCCCCCGCAAAACCCAAGUGCACUGUUGUCUCAGAAACAGUUUCUUCCAAGAAUAUCAUUAGCCGGUCAAGCAAUGGACAGGUGAAUGGAAUGAGGCCCAUCUUGACUAGCUACAGAUCUGUCCAAGGACCCCAAAGGCUUCCCUUCUCUGGUGGAAUUAAAAGGCCAUAUGAACUUGAAGAUGAUGAUGAAUCCGAUUCUGAAAUGGAUGACUUUAUUGAAGAUGAAGGAGAACCUCAGGAAGAAAUAUCCAAGCACAUUCGUGAAAUUUUUGGCUAUGACCGAAAAAAAUAUAAAGAUGAAAGUGACUAUGCCUUACGUUAUAUGGAAAGUAGUUGGAAGGAGCAGCAGAAAGAAGAAGCAAAGAGUUUAAGACUAGGUAUGCAAGAGGACCUAGAAGAAAUGAGACGUGAAGAGGAAGAAAUGAAACGUCGAAAGGCCAAGAAGCUGAGGAAACAUUAGCUGCUGCUUUUAUGAACUCUAUGAAAUUCUGGGAACACUGCUGCAAAGGUUCCUGCCUCCAGCUUGAAUAAGCCCCUCUAUCAUAUUAGGUGACUUGGGUACUCAAGGAGAGGGAAUGCACACUGUCAUUCGCAGGCUGUCAUUUGAGUACAAAGUGUGCUCAAAGCCUCCAGGGUGCAAUCUGUAAUGCAGAUAAUGCAGUGCCUGCUGUGUGCUCUCAUGGUGUUAACUAUUCACAGAUGCCAGCCAUGAUCCUGAUGAGCUAUGCACUCUAAUGUGGGGCCACUCACAGUCAAUCUUUUAUGUUUCUUUGCUACUUUAAGAGGAAAAAAAAUGAUGCAUGAGUAGGGUAUUGCCCAGCUCCGAGUCACACUUGGUGUCUUUUUUUGAAGAACCUGGCCCUUCCACGAAUGCUGCCAGCAAUAGAGUAACCUGUCCAAAUCUGUUUUGAAAAUUCAAAUAAGAAGAGUAGGCUUGGGCCUGAGGAUGUGGCUUACUUGGUUGAAUGCUUGCCUACCAGUCACAAAGCCCUGGGUUCCAUCCCUGGCACCAUAUGUACUAGGUGUGGUGCACACAUGUAAUCCCAAUACUCAGGAGGCAGGCAAGGUCAUCCUUGGCUAUAUUGUUAGAGGCCACCCUGGGCUAUAUGAAGCCCCAUACUCCUAUGCCCCCCCCCAAAAAAGUAGGCUUUAUAAUUAUCACAUGGAUAUCACACUUGUGAUUUUGAAGUACAAAAUAAGAUUAAUAAUAUUGUUUUCUGUAUUAGCAAGUUGGAUGCUAAGCAUUCAUAGUAAUUUACAUGAUUAGACUUAAUAAAAAUUUUUCCAAGUUAAAUGCAAAUUCUGCCAAUAUAAAAAUAGUCUUUUUCAGUUUUCCUUUGAGAUUUACUGUUAAGUUGGGUUUGGUGUAAAAUAGACAAGGUCACUGGAUAGUGUGCUCAUUGAAUUUACCAUUAAAAAUUCAUUUUUAUAUUGAAGAAAGAAAGAAUAUUGUUAUAGAAACAUUAGAUUUGAAAAAGUAAUAGUUGAAAAACAAAUGAUGUGAAGCUCCCUUCUUCCUGAUUCUCCCCUAUUUAAAGGUAUUUGGAAAUCCCAAGGUGCCCCUGAACCUCUUGAUGUUAAUAACUUUGCAUUCUAACUUAAGUUCCUUAGAAAAUGUUAAUGACAAGAAAACCAAAAACUAAACUUGUGUAUAUCAAGAGCAGCACCAUCUUUUUCCCAUGUUGCACUUUUAUUUCAAACUAUGCAUUGUAAAGAGAUUUUUCUCACUGAAUAGAGAAUUUCCUGUACUGGUGUUUUACUGGGCUGUGGAGCUUCAUUUUCAUCUAUUACAUCCGACUCUCCACUGCUUAUCCAACCAGGCUGGCCUGGGAGCUGGCUGGAAAACAGCCAUGUUUGAGCAACAGAAAAUGAACUAUGCUAGAGACCCUGAUGUGUGGAGAAUUGGAGGUUGUCAGAAUUAAGCUCGUAGGACAUUCUAUAACAAAUAUCCAUGCUAUCUUAAGCCAUUGGACCGUGAGGAAGUAGAAGUUAUCCUAUAAAAAAUUAUUACUUUUCAAUAGGUCCAGACUUUUUUAUGUUUUUAUCCAUAAAAUCUUCAUUGUUCAGGCUAGAGUAUUAAUUACCAUUUUACCUUCCUUAGUGGGACCAUGAGUCAGCCCUUUAAGACAACUCACUUUAAUUGACUUUCAAACUAGAAGUGUGAGGAUUGAAAGUAUGGGUAUAUCGGGCCCCACCUCUCCAUAGGUUUUGUAUGCUGGUUGCAGAACAUCCUUUGCACUCCCCACUAUCUCACACUCUCAAUGAAACUGACAUAAAGGUAGUGCAGUGUACUACUCUGUAGUUUAGAACUUUCUCUGCCACAGCUUACAUGCUUUCUGCUCCCUAAAUGACUUUUCCUGGAUAGCUCUUUUCAAAAUUCAAUCUCUGGAACCUGUAAUUGCUUGCACAGAAAGGAGCCAUUGUGAGAUUUCAAGUUUCAAAACAUGGUGGAAACCAUCAGGGUGUGACAUCUGUCACUUUUCAGUGCACUUGCUCUAUAAUGAUUUGUAUCAGAAUAAAAAUGUGUAGCUCACUUGAAAUUAAAAUAGGAAUUUAUAAAUUUUUAAAUUAACCUUGGCCUUUUUCCAAGUCUGUCUUCCAUUUUGUUCUGUAUUUUCUGACCACUCUUAAGCUCACAAGCCUUUAAAGAAACAAGGAGUAGGCUGAUAUGUUUUCAAGGUUUACAAAUUAAGUGCUUUUUACUGUAUUCUCUUUACUGCUUUGGUUUUUCAGAUUUUAAUUCAAUAUUUGAAGAUGUGCCUUUUAUUGGGUAAUGUUAAUUCAUGAAUGUAGCCGUGUUAUUUCCCAAGUGUAAUGUUACAUGAUCAUAGAUGUGGCAUUCUCUAACGCAAUGUGGAAAGUAGUUUUCAUAAAACUCAUGGCUCUUGAUUGCACAGUCCUACUUGCAAGAGCAAAGGACACUUUUAAGGCUACUUUCAGAACUUGUUUUGUAUUUUCUCUAAAUUAUCAAUGCAGUUAUGUCCAGUGGAGGCCAGGGUACCACUGUUACAGGCAGCCUUGCAUGUGUGCCGUGAGAAAGUUCAAAGACUCAAGAAAGUCUAUGGGAACUCAAAAAAAUUUUUUUAAUGGUUAACCCCAAGAUUUUCUCCACUAAAUAGUUAUUUUGUAUUUUGUAACUUAAAAGCAGCUAUUAGUACAUUUCUGAGAUUUAGCAGGAGACCAAAACAUUUUUGGAAAGAGAAUAAAUAUAUUAAGAGAGACUGGUUUUAUUUUCAGUGUGCUAAUGAUUAGACUAUUUAUUUUAUGAAUGGAUGUAAUGAAACAAAUAUUCAGGUGUUUAGCAUAUAAUUAAGAGUAGAACUAUUAAAUCCAUCAUGGACAAAUCAAUUUUAAAAGAAAAUUUGCAUAGUCUAGCUUGUUUUCUGGUGCUGUUGACCUGCAAGAGAAUAUACUUUUGCAUAUAUACAGGUGAAUGUUUCCCAGUUUAUGUAUACGAGAAAUUGUAGGCAUUAAAAGUAUUUUAUUGAUA